GUUUCUCUCCUGACUGGAUUCGGUUUAUAAUCACAAUAAAGAUUUAAUAUUUUAUAUUUUAUUAUUAUUAUUAUUUACUCUGGUUCCGGAGAAAUGGACGCGUUUAUCAUGAGAGUUCUGCUUCUACUCAGCUGUGGGUUUGCUGCUGUUUCAGCAGGAACUCAUUCACUACAGUACUUCUACACUGGAGCCAGAGGGAUUAAUUUCCCAGAAUUCACUAUUGUCGGUAUGAUGGAUGGAGGCCAGUUUGUGUACUAUGACAGCAACAUGAAGAAGAUGAUCCCAAAGACGGAGUGGAUAAAGAAGAAUGAGGGUCCAGAUUACUGGAAGAUGGAGACUGACAAACAGCAGGGAACUGAGGAGAGCUUCAAAGUUGGUGUCACUACACUGAUGGAGCGCUUCAACCAGACUGAAGGAGUUCAUGUAGUGCAGUGGAUGUACGGCUGUGAGCGUGAUGAUGAUGGUACUGUUAGAGGAUACGAUCAGCACGGUUAUGAUGGAGAAGAUUUCAUCAGUCUGGAUCUGAAAACUGGAACCUGGACUGCAGCAAACGCUAAAGCUGUACAUACCAAACACAAGUGGGAAUCUGCGGGUGUGGCUAAUUACAAGAAGAACUACCUGGAGAAGACCUGUAUUGAGUGGUUGGAGAAGUACGUGUCGUACGGCAGAGAGACUCUGGAGAGGAAAGAUCGUCCUGAAGCCUCCGUGUUCCACAAGCACUUCCCUCAACCAGAGCUGGUGUGUCACGCUACAGGUUUCUUCCCCAGAGAUCUGGUGAUGUCCUGGCAGAAGAACGGAGAGGAAAUGCACGAGGACGUGGAGAUCACAACCACUGCACCAAACCAGGAUGGAACCUUCCAGAAGAGAGCCGCUCUGAGAGUCUCACCUGAGGAGCUGAAGGAACAUGAAUACACCUGUGUGGUUCAGCACAGCAGCCUGGAGAAGGACUUAGUGCUUAAAGCUCCAGGUUCUGUAGAUGUAGAUGUAGGUGGAGGAUCUCUUGGUAUCAUCGUUGGUGCAGUCGUGGCUGUUCUUGCUCUGGUUGCUCUGAUUGCUGGAGUUUGGUUCUGGAAGAAGAAGAAUUCUGGCUUCAAACCAGUUCCAGCAAAACCCAACAGCUCCUGUAAAAUGGAUUAUGAACAUCUCGGCUCUGACUCUACAAUGUCAUCCACAUCCUCCAACGACUCUGAUGCUCCUUUAAUGAAGAAAAAAUAAGUUAACCUGACAACUGGAACGAGGAGCCAGAGAUGAAGAACUCUCUCAAACAUCCACACACAUCUGCAGAUCUUUCCUUUUCUUCUUCUGGAGGGGGUUUAUACUGAGAGUCUCUUAUUCAUGUUAGAUGGAAUUAUUGGGGAGAGUUUUUUUUUUUUUAAAGCUGUAUGAUUACUUCUGUUCUUCUGAAUCUGCUCCCAGAACUGCAGCUUUCUAUCAUUAUUAACCCCACAGUUCCCAGAAUGCACCAGGGCUGAUGGAUCUGUUCAGUUCCAGUGACUGAAGAACCAGAUUCAAGCUGGUGGAGAAGCUGCAGGUUGUUUCAGGAGGACGAGGAGAUGAUUUACUCUCUAUAUAAAGUUCCUGUAGAAUUCAAUAGAAAUUUUGUACGUUUGAAUCCAGUGAAGUUGAAAAUGUUUGAUGUUGAAAGUAAAUUGGUGUAAAUGUGAGACUUUGUUGAAGAGAUUUGAUGAAACUAUAAAAGAUCAGGAGCGAGAGGAGCAGAAUCAUGGAGUUCAUGCUGGAUCAUCAUCAGUUCAAGCUUCUCUUGAUGAUGCGCUGGUGCCUCGAAUUAUUUAUAAUUUCACUGUAAAUGAUUCUGAAAGGAAUUUGUACAUUUGUACAGUUUAAAUCUCUUAUAUAAGAUCUCUGUAGUGUCUUGAUAAAUAAUAAACUCUAUUUUUCUAUA